UAUGGAAUUAACAUCAAAAAGAGGAAAUUAAUUCAUAAUAACUCUCUCUCUUCUCUCUUCUCUUUCUCUCUAUCUCUUUUUAUAUUAUUGUAGCAAGCUGUGUGAGAGAGUCCACUAGUAUAUGAACAAGCAGAAAAAAAAACUGAAAAAAGCAGACAAUUGAAUUUGAAAUAUAAUAAAACAGAAUGGCUACAGCAAUUUGGUCAAAUAAGAGAAACAAAGCGCCUUGCACAAUAUUUUCUUCUACUACAUUAUCACCUCGUCAGAUAGCGAAUAAGGCUUAUACAUUGGGCUGUAAGAAAUUGGAUCGUGAUGAUAAACAGAGCAAACAAAAGUAUCAUGUACGAGAACGGCUCUUACUUUGUAACACCAUUGCCAAAGCCGAAGAAGUUCUUAAUGCUCGUACAAGACGUACUAAUCGACGUGUGAUGGCUGCAGAAGAUGAAGAAGCAGAUGAAUUCUCUGCUAAACAUACAGCUACAACAAAAGACCUUCAUUCUCCAUUACGUUCCUCUUCUGCUCAAGAAGAAGAAGAUGAAUCCAUUAUACCCAACACUACAACAACUACUACAACUACUUCAUUCAAUAAUAAUGCAUCCAUACUUUUACCAAGAGACUGCAGAAAUGUCAUCUCACCUACUAUCAAUUCUCCCAUUGCCACCACCAUCACUUAAUAAAAAUAUUAUGCAAUCACCGUGAGACUUUUUUUCUUUUUCUUUUUCUUUUUUUUUUCGGGUGGAGUCGGCCUUAUAAUCCACACGCCCAGGAAAAAUUUCAUUUGCCCAGUCAGAAUGAGAACAAUUGAGUCACGCGCCUGCCAACCUUCUUCCCCCGCACACACACACACACACAUAUUUGCCCCGUCCCCGCUUAAAAAAAAAAUAUUUCUGUCAAUGGAAAAAAAAAGCCUAGGGACUUUUUUGCUUCAAAUUUCACACACUAAAAACAACUUGCCACUUCUGAGUGUCAAAGCGUACAGAAACCACUCAUUUAGCAGUCCAUACCGGAUUUUUUUUUUGCAUGAAUCACCCCACAAAGAAAAUUCCCAUGCAAAAAACAAUAAAAACUUUUUUUUUUUUUA